UUCAUUGCGGGAUAUUGUAAACUCAGCAUAAGCUUUGAUACGAUCGCGUAGAAUGACAUCAUAGCGACGUCAAUUGACUGUAGAGGAUUACGCCGAAAUUCGAUAUCCCUUGAAACUUCUUGCAGUUACUAUUGUUUUUCUUUACACUUGCGAUCAUGAGUUGUGGAUUCGUUACUUGCGGCCCAAACGAGGCUCUUGUAGUUUCAGGAUGCUGCUACAGCAAACCGCUUUUAGUACCUGGUGGCCGGGUAUUUGUAUGGCCUAUUGUCCAGCAAGUACAAAAAAUUUCAUUAAACACUAUGACUUUACAAGUAGAAAGUCCUACGGUGUAUACAUCUCAGGGAGUACCAAUAUCUGUGACAGGAAUUGCACAGGUCAAGAUACAGGGACAAAAUGAAGAAAUGCUUUCCACUGCGUGUGAACAGUUUCUAGGGAAAUCUGAAGAAGAAAUUCAUGGUAUUGCUCUUGUUACAUUAGAAGGACAUCAACGAGCAAUAAUGGGAAGCAUGACUGUGGAGGAAAUAUACAAAGAUCGUAAAAAGUUCAGCAAGAAAGUCUUUGAAGUAGCCAGCAGUGAUCUAGUCAACAUGGGCAUCACCGUUGUGUCCUACACGUUGAAAGAUAUCCGAGACGAGGAAGGGGCAAAGGGAUAUCUGAAAGCUCUCGGAAUGGCACGAACUGCUGAAGUUAAACGAGACGCGAGGAUCGGAGAAGCGGAAGCUCGCAGAGAUGCUCAGAUUCGCGAGGCCAUCGCUGAAGAACAACGAAUGGCUGCGCGUUUCCUUAAUAAUGCCGAUAUCGCUAAAGCGCAACGUGAUUUUGAAUUGAAGAAAGCCGCUUAUGACGUCGAAGUCCAAACUAAAAAAGCGGAAGCAGAGAUGGCGUUCGAAUUACAAGCUGCGAAAACCAAGCAAAGAAUCAUGGAGGAGCAAAUGCAGGUGAAGGUGGUAGAACGCGGACAAGAGAUCGCGGUACAAGAACAGGAAAUGUUACGACGUGAAAAAGAAUUAGAUGCUACUGUACGGCGUCCAGCUGAUGCAGAAAAAUACAGAUUGGAAAAGCUAGCCGAAGCUAAUAAAUUGCGGCAAAUAAUGGAAGCUGAGGCAGAAGCAGAAGCUAUAAAAAUUCGAGGUGAAGCAGAAGCUUUCGCUAUUGAAGCAAAGGCUAAGGCUGAAGCAGAACAAAUGGCGAAGAAGGCUGCGGCUUGGAAUGAAUACCAGAGUGCCGCUAUGAUAGAUAUGAUGCUCGACACUAUUCCGAAGGUUGCCGCUGAAGUCGCAGCGCCGUUAUCACAAGCAAAGAAAAUAACGAUGGUUUCUAGUGGAACUGGAACCGUUGGAGCAGAAAAAUUAACAGAGGAAGUUUUCAAUAUUGUGACACGAGUACCGCAGCUGGUUAAAAAUUUAACAGGCGUGGAUAUUGCAAAGUCCAUUCAUGCUGCUGCAUAAGCAGGGUGUAUUACAGUUUCUGAAUACUUCCUGACCACCAGUCGGUACUUGUACGAAAUAUAUAACGAGUCUUUGAUAUACACAUUUAUUUUGAAUAUGCUGUUGCAUAUUAGAGUCACAUUAUUAUUUUUAUCUUGAUGACGUUUCGUUGCCUAACGAAUUCGGUACUUUCACUGCCAUUUACUUGAACGUAAUGAUAAAUCAAUUUCGAUUUGUGCCAACUUUGAAGAAACAUUGAAACUGUGAGUAAAUUCGAAUUGGUAUACAUGCUCGAAAGUAGAUUACAAAUACCGAAUACAUUCGCACAAGAUUCAUAUUUCAUAUUCUAUUCGAAUACUAGUUUAAUUUAGUUGAUUCAAACAAUAGGUACACCUGUGUACAAGCAAACCUGAGUUACAGAGGCAGUGAACGUAUAAUUUAAUUAACCAAGAUUAUGUGUACCAGU